AUGAUUCCUCACCAUCACCACCACAAGGAAAUUACUUCCAUUACCGACACGAUUGACUUCUUCUCGGAACAAUCUCCCUUCUACUCGGAGAGUAUUCAAAUUGCAAAGCAAGCCUAUAAGAAUAAGCCACAGGCUUUAGUGUUCCCACAACCACCACAACAUCAACUUAUACAAGAUCUCUCCCCUCUGAGGGAAGUUUCCUCUUGGUUUGAUGAUGAGCAUGAUUUGAACGAACCAUUCAAACUCGACCGUAAGAAUGCUCCAUCUCCAGUCAAUCAACAAUUAUCAAUUCACGAGGAUCAAGUCUUCCUCGAUGAAGGUAAUUGCGAUUUCGAUAUGGACUUUUUCGAUACAACCCCUGUACAACAACCCUCUACAAAGAAAGCCAAGUAUCAGCAUGAGUCUUCAAGUUCUCAACAAUACUCAAAUAGUUUGAUGGAAGUUGCUUCAUCGACGUCAUCAACACAACCAGUCAAGCCUUCUUCUUCUUCGCAAGAUAAUUUGCUGUCGAUACUUCUUCGGGAGCAACAAAAGCAAGGUGCAGAAAUUACUGAAUUGAAGCAAAUGGUACACAAUUUGCAAGCACAAAUCAUGAUGCAUCCAAUGUAUCAACAACAAUUCAUGCUCUAUCAACAGCACCAGCAACAACAAUAUCAAUUGUAUCUGCAACAACAGAAUAAUAAUUCACAACAAAACCAUCAAUAA